AUGGUGGUCAUACACACGGCAACGUAUCUCUUGUCUCUCUCGGCCGCAGCUGUGAUAGCUACGGCGAAUCCCCAUGGCAAAUCGCUACCUACUGUGGUUCUAGAUAAUGCAACGGUCAUAGGACAGCCGAACGGAACGACUAUCAAGUACCUGGGCUUACCUUUCGCUCAGCCUCCGACCGGAAACCUGCGCCUUCGUCUUCCUCAACCAGUUCUGCCCUAUAACGGUACGACCAACGCACCCGUUUUGGAAAAUCAGUGCAUACAGCAAACCUUCCCCGACGUCACCCUGCCAAGCGACGUGCCUGCGGCGGCGGGCCAGUAUCUUGCGGCUUUCCUUCAGGCUGCUGAUGUCCCCCAGAGCGAGGAUUGUCUGAACCUGAACGUGAUCGUUCCUGCGAAUGCCACAACCCAGUUAAGAUUACCUGUCGCAGUGUGGAUUUAUGGAGGAGGAUUCCAGAUUGGUUCCAACGCUCUGGAACACGGAGAGAACGUAGUUGCCAGAUCGAUCGAACUCGGAUAUCCGAUUGUCUACGUCGGUAUAAAUUACAGGCUGAGUGCAUUCGGCUUCCUCGGCGGAAAAGAAGUCAAAGAAGCGGGUGUAGGCAACCUUGGUUUGCAAGACCAGCGGGAAGCAUUCCGCUGGGUUCAGAAGUAUAUCUCCGCGUUCGGCGGCGAUCCGACAAAGGUUAUGAUCUGGGGCGAGAGCGCAGGUUCCAUUUCCGUGGCGUUGCACAUGCUCCAUAAUGGCGGCAACACCGAUGGCCUCUUCCGCGCCGGAUUCAUGGAGUCCGGCACGGUGCUUCCCAGCGGCUAUGUCGACAACGAGUACCUGCAAAAUACUUAUGAUGGGAUCGUACAAGAUGCCGGCUGUUCAGGUAGCAAUGAUACUCUUCAAUGCCUUCGUGAAGUAGAGAAGGUGCUCAAGGCAGCUAUGGACAAGACGCCUACCUUCGUGGGCUACCAGCAAGUCAACACACCGUACUUCCCUAGAGCCGAUGGGGUUUUCGUGGCGCAGCCUUCAGAGCAACAACUCCUGGCAGGUGCAGUUGCCCAGAUACCUCUCGUAGCAGGUAACGACCAAGAUGAAGGCACUGCGUUUGCGUUCCCAACUCUAAACAUAACUACCGACGACGAGUUCCUUGAGUACAUAAACUCCAACUUCUAUAGCAACACACCGAGGGACGAAGUCGGGAAGAUUCUCGAGCUCUACCCUUCUGAUCCUGCAGACGGCGCGCCCUACAACACGGGCGAUAGCUUCGCCUAUUCCCCGCAGUAUAAGCGCAUGGCGGCGUUCCAGGGCGACUUCAUCGAGAUCGCACCUCGUCGACUGUUCACUCAAUACCUUGCCGAAAAGCAGCCUGUCCAUUCGUACUUGAGUAAUUUUCACAAAGUCGAAGGGAUUGGCGCAGCUCAUGGCACCGAGCUUGCCGAUAUCUUUGGAGGCGGACCCAUGCAAGACUACCUCAUACGCUUCGCAGCCACGCUCAAUCCAAAUGGGAAUGGCGCUUUCACCUGGCCUCGCUACACGAAUUCCUCACCGGCACUAUUGACGUUCAAUGACGCAGUCCCUCAACUGAAUAUCACCUUGGAUACGUUCCGAGCAGUUCAGAUGGAGUAUCUGAACAAACUGAGUCUCGCAGACCCCAUAUGAUGUAUCUAGAGUCAGAUCCUGUACAGUCGAGGGCAGCGCCAUAGCGUUAUCGUCGCAGGUCAUCAUAACCAAUCGACA